CGCAUCGUCAGCAGAGAAAAAUGGAGUUUCUUAAUUUUGAUCAAUAGACCAUAGACAUGCAAUAGAUUGUGAGAAAUAUGACGUCUUCUGACUCAAUUGAGUUUCCUUUUGAUUCGGAAGACGAAUAUGAACUAAUUCUUGGGGAAAGCUUUCUUUCAAAGCAGCCAAAUACUGGGUUUCACACAGUACGUUAUGACUUUAAGCCAGCUUCCAUUGACACUACUAAACCUGGUCAUCUUGAUGUUGGUGCUUCUGAGGAAGUAAAUGUGUCGCUUUUUAAUCAGGAUUUGGGAACAACAUUUUACAAAGGAUCAAAGAAAGCUUGCCCAAAAGAUUGCAUUCUUGUAGUCGAUAGAGCCAAAAGGACCAUAACUUUAGAACAUCUAUCAACAACAAUCCAAUUGAAAAAAAUCAGAUCAGCAUCUAACAGCAAUGUAAAACAAAAUUCAAAUAAUGCAUCCCAACAAAAUGAAAUGUUUAACUCACAGGAAGAUUUAAAGGAAAGUCCAGUAAAAUCUGCAGAAUCCAGUGUUGACUCAAGCUCCAGUUCAGAUUCAGACUCAGAUCAUGUGGAUGAAGAAGUUGCUAGAUUAAAUGCUUCAUUAACUGAACAAACAACAGAAGAAAAGACAAGCUCUGAUCCUCCUCAAUCACAAUCAUCAUCAUUUGCUAUUAAUUUAUGUAAAGAUUUGGAACUCAGUGAGUCGGGAAGUGACAGUGAUUGAACAUAAUCUGUUUGUAAAAACUAUUUGUUUCUAGAUUAACUUGUACAAUGUACAUAGCUAUUUUUUGAUUUUGAUAAAAUGAAUUUGACAUGGAAA